UACAAAUCGCCUCCUUUGUCCCCAUCCCACCAAGUCCAUCCCACCCUCCAAACAAACCCAACACCUGUUUUCUAAAUGAAAAAACAGGGAAACUUCUGUUUAAAAAUGUGUCCAUCUUACUAACUGAUGACCAAAAAGCCUUAAAGGCCAAGCCAUUCUCUCUAGAGAUUGAAGAAAUCAGAGGGAAAGACAAUAAAGUCCCCUGCCUACCUUGCUCUCUGCCCCGCCUCAUUAACUAAUUCCCUCGAGACAAAGGUAAACUGCACUGCACUUUGCUUUCGUGUGUUUUUUUUUUUCUUGCUAUGAAAAGGAAAACUACGAUACAAAGAAGAAGCAAAGCAUAUUCUGUUUUCAACGUGGAGUCUCCUGUUCAGUAAGAUCCUCAGCAUUCUUAUUCGUUAACUGAUCCUCAACACAUACCUGGCAGCCCGUCAUGACUGCCGAUACUGCCACCUUAAGUUACUGGUUGAACUGGAGGUUCUUACUCUGUGCACUAUUCAUCUUAACCUCUAUGGUUGUGUCAGCAAUUAUAAUUUGGAAAUUUGAAGGUCGGAAGAGAUCAGAACAUCAGGAGAGAGAAAAUCAGAAGGAAGCACCAGGGUUUUUAUGCGAGAAUGAAGCUUGGAAUACAUGUCUUAAAUCCAUUCACCCUGCUUGGCUGCUUAGUUUUAGAGUAUUUGCUUUCAUCAUGCUUUUGGCAUUGCUCAUGGCCAAUGUUGUCAUUGAUGGAGGUGGCAUAUUUUACUUUUAUACACAGUGGACAUUUACUUUGGUCACAAUCUACUUUGGGGUUGGAUCUGCUAUCUCCAUAUAUGGAUGUUGCAAACACUGGGGAAAGGUUGGUGGUGAUAAGGCUGAUCAGGUAAGUUCAGAUUCUGAGCAAGGCACCUACAUACCUCCCACUCUUGGGGAAACUGCAGAUGCGAGCAACCAGUUGAAACAUUUGGAUACCCAUGAAGCACCUUAUCAUCCUCCCAAAGCAGGUGCAUGGAUUUAUGCCUUUCAAAUUAUUUAUCAGACUUGUGCAGGUGCAGUAAUGCUUACUGAUUCUGUAUUUUGGCUCAUUCUUUUUCCAUUCCUAACAUCCAAAGAUUACGGUCUGAAUUUUCUGAUUGUCUGUAUGCACUCAAUCAAUGCUGUUUUCCUACUCGGUGACACAAUUUUGAAUUGCAUGCGGUUCCCUUUGUUCCGGUUUGCAUAUUUUGUUUUAUGGACUGGCACAUUUGUUGUUUUCCAAUGGAUCAUCCAUGCUUGUGUUAAUCUUUGGUGGCCAUAUCCAUUUCUUGACUUGUCAUCCACAUAUGCUCCCUUAUGGUACCUGGGAGUAGGACUGAUGCACGUUCCGUGCUAUGGCAUCUUUGCUUUAAUAAUUAAAUUCAAAGACUUUUCAUUGUCAAGGUCUGUCCCGGAGUGUUAUCGAAAAUGGAGGUAGAAGACAGAUUGCUUUGCUGGUGUUGGGAUUGGAAUUGGGCCGCCACUACAUUCUAUCAGAUAGCAUGGCAGGAAGAUCACUAAAAUCAGGUGUCUUCUUUCUAAUUAUUGUUGAACCGGAAUCUACAGAGUCCAGUCCAAGGUAGCUCAGUUAGAUCAAUAUAUGAUUGAAUUUGUAUAGAAGCUAUUUAGGACAUGGUAGAUAUACAACAUUCUUCACUUAAAUUCCAACUGUCCACAUUGCUCUACUUGCAUAGUGUAAGUAUAUAAUAAUUGAAACACCCUAGACGUUACGACUUACUGAUAAUAAAUAGUAUAUAAUAAAUUUA